AUGAAGGCUGUUGGAGAACGAGGCGGAUCGAGACAGCCGACUAUCAGAUCCACAUUGUGCCUUCUCGCGCGGCAGAUUUUUCAUGACUUCGUCCUACCGAUAUAUGGCGCCGUAUUAAACCUGUUCGGAUUGGGCGUGGCGAAUUGUCAAGAAAGCGAUGAUGAAACGCAGGAAAACGACAGCAACGACGCACAUCCGCGACGUCCGCCAACUGUCGAGCAUGUCUCUCGGCGAAGCUCGAAGAACCGAAGCCAGAUAAAGAAUACGGCUGGCAGGGCGAAGGCGACCUCAGCCGUGGCCGUCCGGAUCCUCAAAACCCAGGAUGAAGGCGCGGAAGACCGAUUCCACUUCAACGAAGGAACGCUCUCAGCGAUACUGUGUGACAAAAAAUACGCCGAUAAAAAGGUUUCGGUGAUAAGCAUUGCCGGAGCAUUCCGACAAGGAAAAUCAUUCAUGCUGAAUUUCUUCAUGCGCUAUUUGUUAGCAGUUGAACGAAAUAGGGGAAAGGAAGACGUUAACUGGCUGGAGUCUGUGGAUCCACUAGAUGCCUUCUUCUCCUGGCGGAAUGGCCCCGAAGGCGAAACAAACGGCAUACACAUUUGUCGGCCGUUCGUCUUGAGGGAUUUUUACGGAGAAGAGUACGUGGUUAUUCUGAUGGACACCCAGGGUGCUUUCGAUAAUACAGCAACAUUUGGCGACUGCACGACAAUUUUUGCGCUGUCUACUUUGGUUAGCUCGGUUCAGAUUUACAAUCUUAUGAGAACGAUCGGAGAAAACGAUCUCCAACAUCUUCAAUACUUUGCCGAAUUCGGACGUAUGACCGCCGGGAAAGCGUCGAAUCCAGGAAAAGAGGCGAAAGCAGAUCUGAAUAACGGCGCUAAGGCCCCAUUCCAGACACUAACAUUUCUGGUCCGUGACUGGAGUUCCCCGCAUAAAUACCCCUACGGAUACGACGGCGGUCAAAAGUACCUGGACUGGGUGAUGCAAGUUCGCCCUCAGCAACAUGAGGAGUUGAAGGGCGUGCGAAACCACAUUCGCAACUGUUUCUUUGAAAUGUCCUGUUUCUUGAUGCCUAAUCCAGGCCGAAUUGUUGACGAGAGUCCUGACUUUCAUGGCGAUUUGGAAGUUGUCGAAGGGAAAUUCAAGAAAUCGCUUCUCGAACUUAUCCCAAGUGUCGUGGGUAAUGGCAAUCAUGUUUUGAAAAAGAUUAAUGGGCGAGAAGUGACGUGCGAAGAACUAUUCUUUUACUUCAAGGCUUACAUCACAGUUUUUCGAGACGGAAGCUUACCUACGCCGUCAACUAUGCUGAUCGCUACAGCCAAAGCCGAAAAUAUGCGUGCUGCCAAGGCCGCACUUUCAUCGUACAAUUUGGGGAUGGAAUCCGUUUGCGGUCCUAAAAAACCAUAUGUACGGAGGCUGCAAGCUACGCACGAGGCGUACAAGAAGGUCGCAAUGGAAACAUUCCGUGGUGGCAUGAUGAGCGAAUCUCCUGUUGCCGAGGAGUUCCGUGUGGAACUGGAGGAGGACAUUGAGGUCGAUCGAAUUCAUUGUGGACCAGUCACAUCUGCUUUAGACGGCCUACGGGCGAUUUCA